AUGUCAAGCGCCGGGGCACACACGGAUGAGCGCUGCCGGCAGCCUGCCUUCCUCCCCGGCCCGCCGCCGCCGCCGCCGCCGCCAGAAGUUGAGAGCAGCAGCGGCAGCGCCAAGGUGCAGAGGAUGUGUGCGGCGAGGCGGAUGCUGCUGCUGCUGCUGGCUUUCCUGGCCUACGCACUGGAUUCGGCUGCGGCGUACGGCACGGCGGAGACCCUCUGCGGCGGGGAGCUGGUGGACACGCUGCAGUUCGUCUGCGGGGACAGGGGCUUCUACUUCAGUAGACCGGUGGGACGAAAUAACCGGCGGAUCAACCGGGGGAUUGUGGAAGAAUGCUGCUUUCGGAGCUGUGACCUGGCUCUACUGGAAACCUACUGUGCCAAGUCCGUCAAGUCCGAGCGCGACCUCUCCGCCACCUCUCUGGCGGGCCUGCCAACGCUCAACAAGGAGAGCUUCCAGAAGCCUUCGCACGCCAAGUACUCCAAGUACGACGUGUGGCAGAAGAAGAGCUCCCAGCGGCUGCAGCGGGAAGUGCCCAGCAUCCUGCGGGCUCGCCAGUACCGGUGGCAGGCGGAGGGGCUGCAAGCGGCUGAGGAAGCCAAGGCGCUGCACCGUCCCCUCAUCUCCCUGCCCAGCCAGAGGCCCCCGGCGGCGCGAGCCUCCCCCGAAACGGCUGGCCCCCAAAAAUGA